GAGAUCUGUCAAGUUCAGCCGGACCAGCCAACUCCACAGAGUCACUGCUGCUUCAGAACCGCUUUCUCUCCAGACCACCAAAAAUACUGCGCUCGCUGUUUUGUAGCCCUCUUUUGGGUGUCGGCGAAGCCAGGACAAGUCUGCGGACGUUGCUGCCGCGUUUGAGAAAGAGUCACGUACCCCAAAGUUUCCGGAAAUACACGGCAGAGGGCAUCGGUGUGAGGAUGGCUGCUUACAAGCUGGUCCUGAUCCGACAUGGAGAGAGCUGCUGGAACCAGGAGAACCGCUUCUGCGGCUGGUUCGACGCGGACCUGAGUGAGACCGGAGAGCAGGAGGCAAAGAGAGGAGGACAGGCCCUGAAAGAUGCUGGCUAUGAAUUUGAUAUUUGCUACACCUCUGUCCUGAAGAGGGCCAUCAGGACCCUGUGGUUUGUUCUGGACGGCAUCGACCAGAUGUGGGUGCCCGUCCACCGGACCUGGCGCCUGAAUGAGCGUCACUACGGGGGUCUGACUGGGCUUAACAAGGCUGAAACAGCAGCCAAACAUGGAGAAGCCCAGGUGAAGAUCUGGAGGCGCUCUUUUGACAUUCCUCCCCCAGCCAUGGAAGAGGAGCAUGACUUCUAUCAGACCAUAAGCAAGGACCGGCGUUAUUCUGACCUGACGGAGGACCAGCUUCCCUCCUGUGAGAGUCUCAAAGACACCAUCGCCAGGGCACUGCCUUUCUGGAACGAAGAGAUCGUUCCACAGAUCAAAGAGGGAAAGAGGGUGCUGAUUGCUGCCCAUGGCAACAGUCUCCGGGGCAUCGUCAAGCAUCUCGAGGGGAUGUCAGAGGAGGCCAUCAUGGAGCUGAACCUGCCCACAGGCAUCCCCAUUGUCUAUGAGCUGGACAAGAACCUGAAGCCUCUCGGACCCAUGCAGUUCCUGGGAGACGAGGAGACAGUCAAGAAGGCCAUGGAAGCUGUGGCUGCUCAGGGCAAAGCCAAGAAAUAGACUCAUCGUCUCUCAGGGUACUAGAGUACAGAUCAAUCAUUUGCUAUUCAGUUAUCAAGUUAAAACAAGGUCAUUUACUGUUUGUCUCAUCACAGACUUGCGCAAACACAAUGUGCACUUUAUUGUAAUAAUACCCAUCUUUUGCACUAACAUACAAUCUGGUGUUUGAUUUGAUUGGUCUUUACUUUCUGACAUACUGAAACACACUUCAUUAUUAGACUAAGGAUAUCAGCUGUAAUGCGGUUUAAGCACUGACCAAAAAUUGCAAAUUAGGGACCAGUGAAUAGGAUCAAACAUAGACUAACCCUGCGGAGUCAUCCCAAGUAUUCAUUUCUAUUUACAGUCUGUGUAGGUGAAGCUCAGUGGGAACAGUAUAACCUAUAAAGUAACACUGGCGUUUGUCAAAGGGGCAAGUUGAAAUGCUCUGCACUGCUGAAUUCUGUUUGCUGUGGCAUUGUGAGAAAAAGAAUAAAUAUUGUGAGCCAUUACGUGAUGAAA